GAAUAGGUCGAUGAUGAAAUCAUGCAUAUACUUUAGCGUUCAUACGCGAUGAUAACCCAGAGAAGAGAUGACCGCGAAAGGGCAUCGAUCUCCGGGAAGAAUGAAUGAUGGACACAGCUAAAAGGCAGUUACGGUUUCUCCAUCACAUGAACUUAUUAUGAGGAAAGCAGAAAUAUUUCUUUAUCUUCUUGAAUGUGACGGAAACGGUGAUUUUAAAAGUUGCUAUGACCGUGAGGCGAACGGAAGACUUGAAUUUUCCCGCAGCGUCAUACCGCCAUUCAGUAGAUAUAUGGACUGAUGGAGCAAGUACAAGCUCAAUGCAUGAGACGUCCGUAAUCGUGUCUUCUAUUUCACAAGAUGGCUGCUUACGGGAGUAUAAAAUCACUGAGGCUGGUUAAAGCGUGUUCUCUGGUCAUCUUUUGCUUGGUCUGUUUGGGAUUUAUGCUAUCCUUCCAGCAAAUGUGGCUUCAAAGAGCUAGAGUUGGACUCAGCCCAGACGUGCCCGGGGUGAGUAGAUGUAAAUCUUCAUCAGUCCCACCACUGGAAGCAAGAUGGCGAGAACUUCAACAUCCUGUCCGUCACCUUUCCUAUAACCAAUCGAACACCCAAAGCCUUGUAGCUAUUGAUCCUACUUCAGAGGUUGUAGGUCCAACCUCCGUGAAAACGACCACGUGCAAGCUGAUAUCACCCUUGACACCACGGGUUGGAGAUACCUUACACUUUCACAUUGAAGCAAGGAAUGUUAAAGGACAUCCGAUCAAGUAUGGCGGGGACUUCUGGUUUGGUGUCCUAGAGAGUCCCAAACUCAAGGCUUCCACGGCAUCUCGUAUUAUUGACCAUCAUAACGGCACAUACAGCCUGUAUUUCUUAGCGGGUUGGGCAGGGGAUGUUAGAGUUAGAAUCAUCCUCGUUCAUCCCAGUGCAGCUAUUGAUUACCUCAGAAACUCGUUUCGCCACGCUGAGGAGAAGGUGCUAUGGAACGGUGUAUUUAUCUCAAAGGGAUUGACGGAAAAAUCAACAUGUUGGAUCAGCUACAAUGGAAACACAUCCAAUGCAUGUAUAUUUCAGCCGCAGAGGGCGCUUCGUCACACACUACUUGUUUGCAACCCACCUGCUUCUUUACCUUGUAGUAAAUUGGUGGGUGUGGUUGGAGCUACUUCAUACUCACAUCAAUUUCAACGAGUGCUUGCUCCUGAUAAAGCAUACUUAUUCACCAGACCUUAUGUGAACGCACCGCUAGCAUUUGGAAAACCAAUCACUAUCCGAGAAACGAUAGAUGAGAAAGGUAUCCUUGAUCCGCAGCUGAUGUCGCUACCCAUUUGUCAACCAGAUUUAUCCCAAACUCUGUCUGAUGGCUUCUGGUAUAAAGACCGUUGGAAUUCAUUGGUUUGCCAACCCCGUGUUAAAUUCUCCAUAAACACUAUCCGUGAAUGCUUGCAAGGACAGAAUAUUUAUCUUACAGGAGACUCUACAACGCGCCAGUGGUUUGCAGAGAUUGCUAAAUCUUUGAAUCUCGGCAGUGCGGUAGACCGAGAAUUUAAAAACAAGUCUUUCCACCUACUCAGGACAGACAAGAAGAACAACAUCAAACUGGAAUUCAUCUUUCAUCCACUCUCUCUUCAUCCAUCUUCUGUGUUUGUUAAUUUAUCAGUGGUGCGAUUCGAAGCAGACGUCUUGCUUAGCUUAGCCAAAACUCCUUGCCAAAGUGCAAUAGUGGUUAUAAGUCCGUGGGCGCACUUUCCAAACUACCCAUGGGGUAGCUACCUUGACUGGUUAGAAGGUAUAUAUGAUGCUUAUUCUUACCUUAAGAGGACGUGUCCAGAUAUAAAGCUUAUCGUUAAAACACCUCAUCCUGUUAAUAUGCAAUGGGAGAUGAAAGCUCGUGAUUGGAUGUUUUACCAGAUGAAACAAGCCAUGUGGAAAGUCUUUAAAGGUUCAGGGGCAUUUUUUGUUGAUGUAUGGGACAUGAAUCUUUCAUACCUCUCUGCACCGAUCAAUAUGCAUAUGCCUAGUAACGUUGUCAAAGAAGAAUUAUCUCUGUUUCUUUCUCAUGCUUGCCAAAGAUGAUGAUUUUGAGUGUGUAAUUCUUUGAAGUUUGGAUUCUUUGAACAUACGAAUCAUGCAUGUGCUCAUCCGUACAUGUCAGAAGAGAAAUAUUGAGAAAUAGAGCCAUAGCAGAGCUGGUAAAAUGAGUUCAGGUGCUACACUUGUUUAUAUAAUUGGUCAAAAUAACUAGUAACGUAGUCAAUGCAAUGUAUAUGUGUCUGAUCAAUUUGAGUAAGGGGGCUCGGAACGGUGUUGAAAGUGU